AUGGAAGAGAAGAUGAGUGAUUCAAAACAUGUUGAAGGUGGACGCUUAGCGAAGGGAAAGCGUAGCCGUGAAAAAACCACACCAGAAGCAUCACCAGUGCUUCUGUCACCCGCCGUAAAUGGGGACUAUGCCUUUUUGGAUGUAAAGCAGGUACUCGACCGCGUCUUGCAGCAAUGCGCCGAUGACGCGGCGAAGACAACGCUUACAAAAGGGGAUCUGCUAUCGUCGCUCUUCAAAGCGUGUGAAAUGGUGGCGUAUCAACAACGACUGGAGGCCCCGCUCGACCGGGAAGCGUUGCAGCAACAGGUGCAGGAGGCCUUGGGUACCGCCGCUGGUGAGGCGCUCGACGCGGUGCUCAUCCAGACCCUCACAGAGACCCUCACAACGCAGUUGGCUGAGGAGAUCCUGAAUCGGCCGACGCUGCCAGCGUCAUCGUCCACAGCGAAGAAGGAAAUGACAGAAGGUGCUCAGCCGGUCUCUGGCCGUCCCGAUAAACGCAGUCGUACGGAAGCAUCGCUGGACUCAUGUCUCCUCACCACGGCGGAGGCGAGCUCAUCAUCGCCCACUGACGGUGUUUGGUGCCGUGGUGGUAUUCUACCAACGCCACCUCCACUGCCGAGCGUAUUCUCGGAAAGUGGUGCAUGCUCUGUGGAUUGUGUUGCCUUUGAUAACGUGCCGGCAAUACACUGCACCCCUGAGGCUAUGCGACGGCAGCUUGAGAAGAUCUGUGCCAGGAUACCAAAUGCUUUAUUUCUCAAUAUACUAUGUCUCCCGGAUGAAAGUCGCGCCAUUGUCUCAUUUAACACCAAGGAAACUGCGGCAGCGGUUAUAUUCGCUAUAAACUCCUUUGUCAAGGACAAAUCAACUGGGGUUCGUGUAGCUGAAGCAAGCGAAGCGCAGCAGCAACUUCUAUUGGAGCCUCUGGCUGCACGGGUCAAGGCACAGGAAGAACAAUGGCGCUGCUGGCGUGCAAAAUACGAGGCGUACCCAGCCCACAGAAUACGCAAAGAGCGGGCAGAAGCACUGGCCAAGGAUGCAAUGCUUCAGGAGGAGUUACGGAUCCUGACAUCAAGCGGCGGGGACACAAAUCAACCGGAAGGUGCCACCAUGUCAAGUCAGGCAAAUGCAAUGAGCACGACAGAGCUGCUUCAGAGGAAAAAGGAACUCCUGCUCGGUCGCUUGGAAUGCAAAGGGAUACUGGAAAAGGCGGUAGAGCAAAUGAGGUUGUUGUAUGGCGAUGCUUACAUGGAGAACCUAGAGAAGGGACCUCUGGAAGCGAAGUAUUCCUCUAGCAGCGCCAUUGCGAGGGAUGUCCGCAAGGUUCUCUUUAUUCGUGAACUUCCGCGCCGGCUGGAUGACGCUGAAGUUCUGCAGUUCCUCUGCUUUGUUGGGGUUCAGCCUGUUCAUAUCUGGCGCGAAUCCGCUACUGAGACAACCCUCUGUGUUGCGGUACCCUCGGUGGGACAUGUCUUUAGCGUUCUUAGGAGCCUGGAAGGGACAGAAAUGCGAUUUGAUGGCGCUCUCUUUUCUCGUGAUCUCGUGUGCCCUGCGAAGAAUUGA